UCUAAACUGGUAGAAAGGAGGUUAUGGGGUUCAGCCUUUAGCAACAUAUGAUUAAAUGCUUUUAACUUCUGCUACUGCCAGCCACCAUGGCAUGAUUCAGUAAGCUCAGUUCCAGGGGAUUAAAGGACUUUCUGAGCUCCAAAGGUAACCCAGGUUUAUAUGGUGUUGUGCAGGUGGAUAGGACAGAUUCCAUAUUUGUGCCAUAAUCCAUGUGGCAGAAUGCAGACAUUAAAUUAUUCUUCUACAUUGUUUUGUGAUUGGGCAUCACUGGGGCUGGGUUUGCCUGAAACCACAAGAGGAAUGAGGGUCUGUAGAGUCACAGUUGGCUCUGGAGGUGAUCACCUCUAUUUGCAGAGAGGACUCUAGAGCAUGAAUUUUCUCUGGAAGAAUUAUCGGUAGCUGAAGGGUCAGAAACAACAGUUUAAGGGUCACUUUAAAUUAAUUUUGUGGAAGUUGUGAAGUCUGUGCUUAUUUAAUUUCUGUACACAUAAAACCGUAAGUAAUGGGGUAACACUCAUCAAACUCACAUUUUUUUCUUCUGGCUGAGUUUCCUUUGGUCUUUUGAUUAAAAGUUAACUAUGGUUUUGUGCUUUUGUUCUUAGCGUUUUCUCUCCAUCUCCUUUACUCUUUCACAAAUAUUGUACUCAUUCUUGAUUAUUGUACCCUUUGUGGUAAAUACAGAAGUCAUAUUGUGUCAAUGUGUGUACAAUUUUUUUCAUAAUCAUUGUGUAUUCUGAGUAUUUCCACUUUACAUGUAGCUUUGGAAUCAGCUUUCCUGUUAUAAAUUGUUGGGCAUUUUCUUUGGAUUAUAUUCAAUGUAUGGUGUAAAUUGACCAUAUACAACAUCUUAAUAUUGAUGCAUCAUGUUCCCAAGGAUCGUUUAUUUGCUUCUUUAUUUAGGCUUUGUUAUUGUGGGUAAUAUGUGAAAGACUUUUAGAUUAUUGGAUUAAAAAGUAUUAUGGGGUUUGGUAGGUCACUCAGCAAUAGUCUUCUUGGGGAGGGCCUGAGUUUGGGUCCUAGCAUCCAAGUUGGGAGGCUCAUAACCACCUGCUACUUCAGGUCCAGGGGAUCCUGACACACUCUUCUCUGGUGCAUCACCUGUACAUAUAUAGAAGACAUUCUCUUGAACAUACAAACAUUCACAUAAAAACAGGGAUACGUUUGUUUUCAAAAGUGCUUGUGACUCAUUAAGCAAUUAGAGGAAAACAAGUUGCUUUAGUUGUAUAAUACAAAUCAUACAAUUUUUCUUCAAAAAUUUCCUCAGGUGGUGAGGCUUCAAUAUCAUAAGAGGCAAAGGGUCAGUUAAGAUCAAUGGGUAUGUGUCUGGGUCUGUCAAGAUAAAUGGAAAUCUGUAAUGUUGUGUUCCAAAUUCUGUAAUUUCUAGCCAUUCAUUAAUAAGUGAAAAUAAAUAAUUUUCAUUUUCUGCCUUCCUUAUCAGGUAGUUAUUCCAUAUGUCCAUCUUACCAUAGUAGGGUAGGUUGGGGGAAUUUGGCCUAUUCAGUUGUGGGUAUAGUCCAAAAAGUGAACUUGGGUAUUUGAAUUCAUAUGGUAGUGGUAUUGUAUUUGAAAAGAGAAAAUGCUUCCAUGGUGUUCUCCUAUCAGUGUCUGGGGCAAAGGUACAGUUCUGUCAAAUCAUGGGCUCUUAUGGAUUUGUUGUGGUUGAUGUUGAUGUCACCUCAGACAGGUAACCUGGCUCCUUAUUCUGGUCCUGAUCUGGAUAAUUGUCUACAUUUUUAUUCACAAUCCCAUUAGUUUUAUUGUACUGGUAGCCAACACAGCAUUUGUGUGUCAUAUAAAUGGGACCAAGAAUGCUGAGAGGAAUUUUGUGUUUGCUGCUGUUUUCACAUCUGUCUUCUCAAAUCUUAUUCUCCUCUUGUUCUUCAUUGUAAGGUGGGAGGACGAUUUAAGAAAUAUUUCUCUCUAGUUGAAGCUGUAGAUGGAUGCUAUUGCUGCGAUAUUUCUCCAAGUCUGUGUAAAAUGGCAAAAUACAGUGACCUAUGAUGAUGUGCAUAUCGACUUUACUUGGGACGAGUGGGCUUUGCUGGAUCCUUCCCAGAAGAGUCUCUACAAAAAUGUGAUGCUGGAGACCUACAGAAACCUCACUGCUAUAGGCUACAAAUGGGAAGAACACAAUAUUAAAGAACUUUCUCAAAGACCUAGAAGAAAUGGAAGGCAUGAAAGACGUCAUACUGGAGAGAAACAGUAUGAAUGUAGUCAAUGUGGUAAAGCCUUCGCACAGCAGAGUAAUCUCCAAAUACAUAGAAGAACUCAUACUCGAGAGAAGCCCUAUGAAUGUAAUUAUUGUGGGAAAGCCUUUGCACGUUAUACUCAUCUCCAAAGUCAUAGAAGAAUUCAUACUGGAGAGAAACCCUAUGUAUGCAAUCAGUGUGGUAAAGCCUUUUCACAACAGAGUCAUCUCCAAGUUCAUAUAACAACUCAUACUGGAAUGAAACCCUAUGAGUGUAAUCAAUGUGGGAAAACCUUUGCAUGUUACAGUUAUCUUCAAAGUCAUAAAAGAAUUCAUACUGGAGAGAAACUCUAUGAAUGUAAUCAGUGUGGGAAAGCUUUUGCACGUCACAGUAAUCUUCAAAGGCAUAAAAUAAUUCAUACAGGGGUGAAACCCUAUGAAUGUAAUCAGUGUGGGAAAGGCUUUUCUCGACAGAGUUAUCUCCAAAUACAUAAAAGAACCCAUACUGGAGAGAAACCCUAUGAGUGUAAUCAAUGUGGUAAAGCCUUUUCACGACAGAGUUAUCUCCAAAUACAUAAAAGAACCCAUACUGGAGAGAAACCCUAUGGAUGUAAGCAAUGUGGGAAAUUCUUUGCAGAUUACACUUAUAUUAAAGUACAUGAAAAAAUUCACACUGGAGUGAAACUAUAUGAAUGUAAUCAGUGUGGGAAAGCCUUUUCACAGCCAAGCUAUCUCCAAGUUCAUAAAAGAAUUCACACCGGAGAGAAACCCUAUGAAUGUAAUCAUUGUGGAAAAACUUUUGCAUGUCACAGAAAUCUUCAAAGGCAUAAAAGAAUUCAUACUGGACAGAAUCCCUAUGAAUGUAAUCAGGGUGGGGAAACCUUUUCACAAGAGCGUCAUCUCCAAGUUCACAAAAGAACUCAUCAGGGAGAGAAACCCUGUGAAUGUAAGCAAUGUGGAAAAGCCUUUGCAUGCCCCAAUUAUCUUCAAAGGCAUGAAAGAAUUCAUAUUGGAGAGUAACCCUAUGAAUGUAAUCAAUGUUAUAAAGUCUUUGCAUUUCACCAUAGUCUUUGAAACCAUGAAAGAGUUCAGCUAAGAGUAAAACAUGUAGUGUAUAAUCUAUCUGUUAAAGCCUUCAUAUAUUACAGUAAUCUCUGAGGACACAGAACUUGCACUGAAGGGGAAUCUAUAGGCAUAAAGGAUUUAGCCAACAAACUUACAUUUAGUUACACAAUAUUGUUUAUUGUAGGGAUAAAAUCUGACAAGUGUCAACAAUCUAUUCAAGCAUUAUGAUAUCUCUUUAUUUUGUUUGCACUUACAAACUCAUAUGGACGAAAGCCCUGUGGAUUUAAUUAGUAAGGCAAACAUUUUAGGUAUCACAUUUAUCUUCAAUUGUAUGAAAUAACUUAUUCAGGAGUAAAAUUUAUGUAUGUGUACUAGAGUUUUUCUGUGAUAAAACACAAAAUCUAAGGCAACUUAAAAAAGAGCUUAGUUUGACUUACAGUUCCAAAGCAAAACAAGAUCAUCAAGAGAGAGGUAUGGCAGCAAAUGCCAGGCAUGACAGCUAAAGCAGGAAUCUUAGAGCUCACAUCCUCAACAUAAUGUAUGGAGUAGAGAGUGUGACCUGGAAGUGGUGUGAGGAUUUUAAAAUCUCAAAAUCCACCAACAGUGACACAUUUCCUAUAAAGGGUGGCAUUUUCUAAACUUUUCCAAAUGAUACCAACAACUGAGAAGUAUUGGUUCUCUGACUUUGAAGCCUACAUGAAUUUUUUUCUGUUAUAUGAACCAAUUCAUGAUUAAGAAAAUACAUCUGGUUUACAGGCAAGAAUGCUUACACAAGAAAAAUAGUCACGGGUGAAAAUGAUUGUUUAUUUGUUUUAACUUUUGUUUUCAUUAUGUCCAUGUGUCUUUGGAUAUAUUCAUGUGCUUAUUAUGCAUGUGCUUAGUGGUUCCCAAGAAGGGUAGACCCCGUAGUCUCCUGGAUUUCUACCUGGAAUUACAGGAAGUUGUCAAAAAACCUCACCUGGAUUAUGAGCAUGAAUUUGUCUUAACUGCUUGGUACUGUCUCUAGCACUAUAAAUAUUAAAGAUUUUAUAUGUCAUCUUGACAUUAGGAAACCAGAAACCCUAGGUAAAGACUUUAAACAUCAGAGCCAUCUUCAGUUUUAAGUGAGAAAGUCAUGUUUCAUUUCUAUUAUCAUAGCCUUGAAAUUGUUUACUAUGUUCACUAAAAUCUGAUGGUGGAGAUCACAGUAUUGUGGUUUAUAUUUUGAAACCUUUGGAAUAGUAAUUGAAGUGUUCAGUAUAUGUGAUAAAUUCACUUACUGAGGUUUAUUUGGUGGUUCAUAUAUUCCUUCUUUGACUUCUGUUAAUGUUCUGUUGUGCUUUGACUUGAUGGUAGAUAUUUUUCUGCUGAAAUGUAUAGAAUGAGUUGUCCAUCAUCUAAGUGGUCCAUUGUUUAAUUAAAUAUCUGGCAGUAUAUGAUAAUAAUUUUCAAGUAAGGGUGUCUGUGAAAGGGUGGUGGGUUAUUGUUCCUGGUUUUGAUUUUCACACUUUCACAAAUUCCCUUUAGAUGCUGUUUGUUAUCUAUCCUGACUUGGAUACCAGUAAUUCAUCAGAGCUAGAUUUGAACUUAUGUCAGCCUCCUGAGUACAAAUAUAAGUAUAGAAGAUAGAGCCCUAAUGUGUCCUGUUUUGGCAGUGCAUUUUAACAAUGUUAACGAUAAAAUGUUUAAUAGAAGAUAAUAUAAGAAACAUUAAAUACCUCACGUGUGUACCCAAAGCAGCAUUUUCAUCUAUCUGGUAGAGAUAUAAUAAAGUAGAAUAAUCAGCAAUCAACUGUAUAUCUCAUAACAUAGCUUGAUAUGCUAUGGAUAUGUAUAGAUUUUUUUGACAUUCCUGCUUCUUUAUGAUCCAUUUUUUUUAUCCACUUGACACUGCGUCUUGAAGUAUUGUUUCUUAAAGGAGUUAUCUAGAGAUGCCAGAUAAUGUAAGGGCAAUGAAGUUUAUUUUCUAAAGCACAUUUCUGUGGGUGUCAUGUGAUUAUGGAUUUGACAGGGUGACAAAUACAUUGAGACAAAAAGAAAACUUUGUAGGGUUUCUUUUGGCCCUCUUCAUAUGGUGAUCAAGGUCAGGUUACCAGCUUUGCACAUCAGAGACACCUUUUUCCUAAUAAGACAGCUCAGAUAAGAUUAGUAGACACAUUACAUGAGUAAAAUAUUGUCUCCUAUUCAAAUUGUAAAAUGACAUAUUGUCAUUUAGGGAUAGAGGAACACAGAAUAUAAUUUAAAUAAUUAAUUCUAUUUGCAAAUAAAUAUAUUUAUACUGUCA